CUUUCGCAGGCCCAACGAUCAGGUCGCUCCUCCCGGUGGCUACUACUACUACUACUACUGCUGCUGCUUCCUACCAUAACACACUUUGUCGGCGGACCGCCAUCACACGUCUCCGGGCGACUGAUCACAUCGAACCCCGCCGUAUCAACAACCUCCUUCCGUUCCUUCCUCAUUGUCGCCCGCCAGCGACAAACAACCAGCCGCCAUGGGGUCCUCACCUCUUUCCUUGAAGCGCGCCCUGCUUCUCACGGCAUUCUUCGCCCUCAGGGUCGUGGCCCAAGAAGAUAACGAAAAUGACGAGCCGAAUGACCCUCCCGCGCCCACCACUGAAGAAGCCAACCCGCCGCCGCCGCAAGAAACAGAGACAAGUUUGCCGCCCCCCGAACCCGCCUCCACGAGUUCAGAAGAGGAAAGGACCACGUUACCUCCAUUAUCGUCAUCAACAGACGCUCAGACGAUGCCGCCCCUGACCACCACCACUUCCAGCCCAUCGCCCGCAGGACCCAUGCCGACGCUUAGUAGUAGGACGACGCGCAACACCGAAAUCCCGACAUACCCACCAGCAUCGGUCCCUCCAACCCGCAAUGCCCCCUUCAUGAAUCACUCCACCCUCCCCGACGGCACCGUCUUCAUUGCGGUAGGCGCUAUUCUAGGCGCCUUUGGUGUCGCAAUUCUACUCUGGCGCGCUAUUCUUGCCUGCCUCUUGCACCGGUCUGUCGAGCGUGCCGCCCUUGCUCAGCACGCUGUCAACAACGGCCGCGGGCCGGGCGACAAGAACGCUGCUUCGUUCCCGGCGCCCCCGGCUCAAUUCUACAAGUACGUUGAGCGCGAGUCCUCCGCCUCCCUCGCUGGUGCGGGCAUGGCCGGCCCUACCGGACGGAGGACCAACCGCGGCCCGACACCCUCCGCAACGCCCAGCCAGACGAAUCUCUUCUUCUCGCCCACUGCUGCUGGCCCCGGGUCUGGCGCUGGCGGAUCGAACCGCGACUCGGCCCGUUUCCUUCCCUCUGGUUUCUACGCCUCCGCCUCGCCCGUCCCAGGCGGCCACGCGCAAGGCAACUCGAUCAACAUGAGCACGCUGCGGCCCUCGUCGCGCGGACGCGGAGGCCAGCUCGGCCCUUCGCCCCCUGAAUCGCCCGACGUCGGCCCGAGGGUGGUCUCGAGGAACUUCAGCACCAGCUCGCUAAACCUGAACCGGCCCCCCAGCCCGGGCGCCCGGGCCCCCAGCGCCUACCUGGACGACUUGCUUGAUGAACAGCCAGGCAUGUUCCCGCCCGCCGCUGGGAACCCGGCACCCAAUGGCCACGGGAGUCAGCGCGGGCGGUACUAGUGAUGCGCUCUAUUGAACUGCUUGCUAGACGGAAGGGGGUUAUGGGCUAGAUUUCACGACUAAUUGGGUGUUGUUUUUGAUUCGACCAAGGUUGGGUGGUAGGUGAGGCUAUUGUAUACAAACAAAGCCUUGAAAAGAAAGGGUGGAGGACGCUGGAUGGUUGCGGAGUUUUUGACACAGCGAGCCUUUUUCGAGCCUGUUGCUGCUCUUCUACGGCAUUAGACGGUGUUGUGGCCGCGCCUGACUUUCUUCUUUGCUACUUUUUUAUUCGCCACGGUACAUAGGCCUUGCUUGUUACUCCAUAUGCUUUUAUCGCCAGUAAUGAACAUAUCUUCUGCAGCAGCGACCCCGCGAGCGAU